AUGGUCGGAUCUCCCUACAUCACGGCCGCUGAGCAAUACAAAUCUGGGACGCAGUUCACUUUGUGGCAGUAUGAGCCAGUGCAACCGCAUGGCCUCCAUCAAUACGACAGAAUUCCUCUGCCUCCUGACCUCCCCCCUGGUUGCAUCCGAAAUUUCGAUCUUGAGGUGGCUCAUGACACAAACAAGGAAGAGAUCGACAAGCAAGCCGUGCUCCAAGUCAACAGAGUCAUUUGCGGAGGCGACAACACCACGGUUCAAAUUGUUCUUUUCGACAUCCUUAAAGCUCCGGUUUCAUAUCGAGGCGACGCUGCUACACUUCCGGAAGAUGGCACGCAAGUAGUCGGCUUGCUCUAUGAUACUGAGUUCUACCCUGGCGACAACGGCGCACCUUAUUGCAACGCAGAACAGGCCGACGGUAACCUUAGUCGCACCGACGCCGCUCUCAAACACUUCUUUUCAAAUGACAAGACCGGCCAUCCACAUAUCGUUCCCCAGUAUUACGGCUGCUGGGCGACUCGUGUCAAUACAUACAACGAAAGCGGUCUCGGCACUUUGAGAUGCGUCGGUCUUGUCCUUGAAGAGUACAUCAAUGGCCAUUCCAUUGAGGACAUUUGCGACCGCGAUGAAUGCGAUGAACUUGUUCCUCCUGAUGGCGACGUCGUUUUUCACAUGCCCGAAGAUGUUCACGAUGGAUUUCACACUUUGGAAAUUUCCAAGGAGCUGUGCCAAGAAGUCAUGAAGCAGGCCCUCAAUGGUCUCGUCGAACACAUGCAUAUCGGCGUUCAGCAUAAUGUCUUCGAGCCGCGCAAGCUCUUCAUCACCUUGCGUAAUGGAACUGUCGGUCUGGAUUGGCCACGAGCUGUGUUGUUGGGAUUCUCUAACACGGCGGUUUGGUCAAAAACCAAACAGGCAAAAGGCCCCAAGGGUCCGAUUCAAUUACUUGAGCUGCUUCCCUACCCGCCCCAUCCUUACCUGCGCUUCAGUGUCAAGGCACUUGACGAAUUCAUCGGUUUCUGGCCCGCCCCUGAGGAAGGCUGGGAAGGCGAUGAGGAGAGUGACUUCGAUAAUGAAGCCGAAUUCGACGAUUGGCUCGUCGAUGAGGAUGUUUUUGGCCCAUUAACUGAGGCUGCAGACGUGGUGGCCAGCAUGGCUCCGGGCGCCGAGUGGCCACACCCGUACAAAAAGUACUCUCUAUUCAAGACACUCGACCCAAUCAAGCCAAGAAUCAAAGAGGAACGGGAGGAGAGACGCCAACUUCUGGAGAAAGAAGGUGUUCUCUCGGACAGCAUGCGUGGAAUGCUGCAAUCAGAAGAGCAGUCGCACACCCCUCAACUACCACAACAGGGUGUCCAGGAGGAAGGCGUUCAGUCUGCGAGCACCGGAUCGCAUCAGCCUGAGACCGAGGCUACCGGAUACACACAGGAGUUCUAG